AAUGAAUCAGUUGUAGAUAAUAGACCAUAUAAUUUAAGAGAAAGAGAAAAUAUUAAUUACAACGAAGGAUAUUUAUCAAAGAAGCAAUAUGGAUAUACUGCACCUUUCUCAGGCAGUUUAACAUUACAUCCAUUGCCAAUGGAUAACUCUGAAGACAAAGAUGAGGACGAGGAUGUAUCAUAA